AUGGAUACUGUCGCCCAAGGUUGGACCAACGUGAGGCCAGAGGAGGAUGGCCAACGCUUCACAGAGCGCUCCGCUGAGCGCCGGCAACUCUUUCUGAAACUCCAAUCACUCCAACCCCAACCGGUAUUUCCUUCGAUUACCUGGGCGUUUCUCCAGAUCGCCGAUAUCGAAGUAAUCCGGGAGGCGGUUCAGAGCCAUCGGAUCAGGCAAUUAUUCGCAGACCGCGAUCAUGGCCUCGUCACAGAAAGAAAUGCGUUGGACACAAUUCUACUCUGGUCUCAGAAACAACCCAGGAAAGACCCGACAGCAGCAAGUGCAACGUCGACACACUCGCAAUCCAAGACAGUCUCCAACCAACCACCCUCGAAAUCUCGCCUUCUCAAUGCCAAUAUACUAGCCGGAUCUAAGCGAACUCGAUCCGGACAUAUAAUUAGUGGCCCAGAAUACAGUGUUGGCCGAUACGAUGGCGUUCGGUCAAACUGUAAGAAGCGGGAUGGAUACCUUUGCGCGGUCUCGAGGAUGGCGGAAAUCGACGCCGCCCAUAUUUACCCAUGGUGCGGUCUUGGAGGCCAGAAUGAGGAGCGAAUGGUGAGAUUCUGGGACACUCUGAAGAUGUUCUGGAAUGCAGAACUAGUGGAGAGUUGUCGUAGUAAGUUGUUUGUGGACGCUAAUAAUCCAAAUCGAGGAACGGAGACAGUGGAGAACAUGAUCUCCCUCUCGGCCCUCCUGCACCGGUAUCACUCCGCUGCUCGAUUUGCGCUCCGACCGAUACAACUGUCAGACGAUAAGACAAAACUCGAACUCGAGUUCCAUUGGCUUGUUGUUGAAGGGCGCAAACGCCAGGAUGGGGUGAACAUCAUGGAUGAACCUUUGUCUUCGGCCGACCGACUUUCGGCUGGCAGGGGUUACGGCCCACUCGAUCGGAUUGAUCCCAACGACGACACUAUCCACAUUCCACUAGUCAGCGGAACUAGAUUCACCAUGUCGACCGAUGAUCCAGUCCAGCGACCCCUCCCAGAUACAGGCCUCUUGACGUUGCAGUGGCACCUUCAACGUGUCCUUGCCAUGUCCGGAGCGGCUGAGUGGACGGAGGAGGAUUUCGGCAACGACGAUGAUGACGACCAGGACGGACAAGGCGUUACAUCUUGCGAUAACGUGGAAAACUGGCUCCAGAACGUCGAGCCUCCGGAGAAUCAUUGUCCGAGCCAAAUCUCUCGAGAAAGCCAUUCGGAAGACGGCGUAGAUGGUUCGUUUGAAUAA